UCGAUCGUAUGAUCAUCUUUGCGCGAUUCGCACGACUGCGAUAAUGACAACUGAAUAGAAACUCAAAGAGUAAUUUUACUGUAAACAAUUUUUAAAUCGUAUUUUCUGAGAGCCGACGAAAUUUGGAUGAGCGGAUUUCUAAAUAUGAGAGAGUUCGACUAAUUAAAGUGUAACAUAUUAACACGCUUACAUGUUAGAGUUUUCUUUCAAGUGACUCUAAUGUGAAUUUAAAGUGAUGCACGUGUCAAGAUAUAGCGGGAUGGAGAGUCGGUUUCAGAGAGAGAACAAAACAUCAGAAGACGAAAUAAUUGGACAGUUUCAGCAAAAUAAUAAGAGAAACACGAUGACGCUAAACGUGAGCGGUCUGUGGGACGUAGGUCCGAGAUUGGAUCAUUAUAGAUUAAGUCGUCGAGCGAAAAGACCAUCUCUAAGCACUUUGCAUGAGGGAAAUCUCAUAAAAGAGGCCAACGCUGUCGAGGCCGGACAGGUCGGGAGCGUCGGCGGUCAACAGGGUCACGUCGGAAUAAAAUUAGGAUGGAUCCAGGGCGUCCUCAUACCGUGCCUGCUGAAUAUAUGGGGCGUUAUGCUUUUUCUGCGGCUUUCGUGGGUUGUCGCUCAGGCUGGCAUUCUGCAAAGCAUCAUCAUUAUCGGAAUAUCGGCGAUUGUAUGCGUCAUUACGACGCUUAGCCUCAGCGCAAUUAGCACUAAUGGGGAAGUAAAGGGAGGUGGAAUAUACUUUAUUAUAUCUCGUUCUCUUGGACCGGAGUUUGGCGCAUCGGUCGGCAUUGUGUUUGCAUUCGCAAAUGCUGUGGCAGCUUCCAUGAAUACUAUCGGUUUCUGCGAUUCCCUGAACGAUCUACUGAAAACAUACGAUUUGAAGAUUAUAGAUAAUAGCGUGAAUGACGUUAGAAUCAUCGGUAUAAUAGCACUUAUUGUUAUGAUUUUUAUCUGUGCAAUUGGCAUGGAAUGGGAAUCAAAGGCACAAAACUUCCUUAUAGCUGUUAUCGUGAGUGCGAUUUUUGACUUUCUGAUCGGAACCAUUGUAGGACCACAAAGUGACGAACAAAAAGCGAAAGGUUUUGCAGGAUUUUCGGCGGAAGUAUUUAAGAACAACUUUGGACCAGACUACCGCUACUCCGAGAACAACAAUCAAACUUUCUUCUCGGUAUUUGCCAUCUUCUUCCCAUCAGUCACUGGAAUUCAAGCAGGUGCAAAUAUAUCUGGCGAUCUGAAGGAUCCGGCGAGCAGUAUACCGUUUGGAACACUCCUGGCUCUGCUGAUCUCAAUGUUUAGUUAUGUGACUUUUGUCUUUUUUGCUGGCGCUGCGGCUACCAGAGAUGCAGGUGAUUUCGUGAACAAUACUAUUGUAGAAUGUGUUCCUGGGAUUAAUUGCACUUAUGGAUUACACAAUAGUUAUGCGGUAAUGCAAUUGAUGUCUCUUUGGGGUCCGCUAAUUUACGCGGGAUGUUUUGCUGCUACUUUGUCAACGGCACUGACAAAUUUGUUAUCAGUGCCAAGGCUCAUUCAAGCUUUGGGUCAAGAUCGAAUCUAUCCCGGACUAAUUUUCUUCAGCAAAGGAUAUGGAAAGUCGGGAGAACCUUAUCGUGGAUAUAUUCUCACGUUUGCCGUCGCGGCUCUAUUCCUUUUAAUCGGUAAUCUCAAUGCGGUUGCUCCGCUGAUCUCGAAUUUUUAUCUAGCAUCGUACGCCUUAAUCAACUUCUGCACUUUUCACGCAGCACUGAUUCGGCCACUCGGGUGGCGACCUAGUUUUAGAUAUUAUAAUACUUGGUUAUCUUUAACUGGAUUCAUCCUUUGCGUUACGAUCAUGUUUCUUAUCGACUGGGUGACUUCCCUCGUUACUUUUGUCAUUAUCUUUGCUCUGUAUCUUAUAGUGGUAUACCGCAAACCAGAUGUAAAUUGGGGCAGCAGCACUCAAGCGCAAACUUACAAAACUGCACUUACUAUUGUCUAUAGAUUAAAUUCUAUCGAUGAACACGUGAAGAAUUACGCUCCUCAAAUUCUCGCACUUACGGGACCGCCUUGUGCAAGACCCGCGUUGAUACAUUUAGCAAAUCUUAUCACAAAGAAUAAUUCUUUGCUAAUUUCUGGUGAAAUCUACCCGACGACAUUACCAUAUCGGCUACGUUCUGCACGUUUAAAAAACGGAUAUUCCUGGUUGCAUCAACAACGGAUAAGAUCAUUUUAUCACAUAGUAGAGGAUUUGAAUUUAGAACGAGGAGCCGCUGCUUUAAUGCAAACUACCGGCGUUGGUAAACUGAUCCCCAAUGUAGUUCUUAUGGGUUACAAAACACAUUGGUCAACGUGCAAUCAUAAAGACUUACAAGAAUAUUUCAACGUUCUUCACAAUGCAUUCGAUCACAAAUUGGCUGUAGCAAUCCUGAGAAUUGCUGAAGGUUUGGACUGUUCUGGCAUUACGAAUAUAAAUGGAGAAAAUGAUGAACACGGGCCUCUCGCGCAAAGUAGCUAUGAUUUGGCAGGAAAUACUUUGAUGCAUGCUGAUAGCGAUCUCUCCAUGAAUUCGCAGAUUCCCAGAGUACAAAGCGUGCCAACAAUAGGUACAACAUUUGUCUCGUCCACGGACAUGUGUCCCGUGACACAUGUAAUCAAAGAUUCUUCACUACAUUGGAACGUUCGAGAGAACCUGAAACAGAAAAAAAAACGUGCUGCUGAAAAAUUGCUCGACAAACGCAAUGGUAUGGCUUCCAUACCAGAAAAUAUGACAGUUUUUCAGCAGAAGCAUAAGAAAGGAACAAUCGAUGUGUGGUGGUUGUACGACGAUGGAGGUCUGACGAUUCUCCUCCCUUAUAUAAUCAGCACACGGUCUAACUGGGAACAUUGCAAGAUGAGGAUAUUUGCUCUGGCCAAUCAUAAACAGGAUAUUGGUGCGCAAGAAAAAGAAAUGGUAGAGAUAAUGUGCAAAGCUCGAAUCAAGUACACCAGUCUGAAGAUGGUAGACGACAUCAGCGUCGAGCCAAAACAAGAGACGCAAACUUUCUUUGACAAAUUAAUAUCUAACUUUCGAACAAAUGGUUCUUCUGAGAAUUCUGAAAACUGUUAUGUCACUGAUCGCGAACUUCAGACUUUACGGGAUAAAACGCAUCGACAAUUGAGAUUGCGAGAAUUAUUGUUGGAGAACUCAAAUCAGUCCACUUUAGUAGUUAUGUCUUUACCGAUGCCAAGAAAAGGUGCAAUUUCGGCACCGUUGUACAUGGCCUGGUUGGAGGCACUCACAAAAGAUAUGCCACCCACGAUUUUGGUACGGGGAAAUCACACAUCUGUGUUGACGUUCUACUCGUAGCUAUGUAGAUUGUUUUCGAUAAAUAUAUAUAUAUUUUACUCGAAACAUUUUAUACAAACUUCCAUUAGAUGUUCAUUAGACGCUACAUGUUAUGGACGUCCAGUAGAUGUCUAAUGAACAUUAUGUCUGUGUAAGAUAUUAGCUAUACUACAAUGACUCGCAUAAAUGCUGAUGUGAUCACGAGAAAUUUGUCUCAAUAUGUUGAGAAGCAGUUAGUUUUACAUGAACGCACAGUGUAUUUAAAACAUUUAUGCCAAAAGAUCCAAUGCCUUAAAGCCGAAACACAGACUUUUGCAUAACGCAUAACGCAUAAGACAUAAGAAAACCAACCAAUCCAGCUUUUCGUUUUCAUCCCUACUUCUUGUUCUAGAAAGCUUUGAUUGGUUAAUUCUCUUAUGUCUUAUGCAUUAUGCGUUAUGCAAAAGUUUGUGCUUUGGCCUUUAACGUACUCUUGUAUUUUAUACUUGCACUUAAAUUCGAUACACUUCAUAAUAUUUAAUCUUAUAAUUGUAGAUAUGUUUUUUGUAAAUUAGAGUUAAGAAUCUUAUAAAUGUAGUAAAAUAUUUCUGGUACCUGUAGAACAAUAUUUCCCAACUAUUUUGACUUGCUCAACUAUUUAAUAUAAGAUGUGUUAUUGUUAAAUAUUUAAGUAUAUAAUUGAGUCGAUGUGAUUGCAGAUAGAGCGAAAUGCAUUAUAACUUAAUUAUUUUAAUCUUAUAUUAACUGAUAAUAUAUAUAUAAAAUUUAUUAAGAGUUAAAUUACAGUUGAGGUGUAAAAGAUUUGAUAAAUAUAAGAAGUAUUUAUUUGAUUAUAAUUUAUUUAUUGAUUAAUAAUAAAUCUAUAUACAUAUGUGUGUUUUUUAAGUUAAUACUUUCGGACUUUUUAAAGAGACAGUACGCAUCGGUUCAAUUAUAACGAUAGAGCAAACAUAUUAAGAUUUUUAGAUGAGAAUAAUAGAUUGAAACAGCAAACAUAUAAUACAAAAUCAAAUUUAAAUAAUCAUAAAUAAAGAAUUGUCAAAAACGUAUAUUAAACCUAAGAAAGAUAAAAAAAAUCUAUAAUGUACACAUCUAAUUCAGAUAUUUUUCUUUAAUGUAAUAAUGUAAUAUCCUUUUUCGAGUACAAUUAGUACACAUUGUUAUCAUGUUGGGAAAUACUGUGAUUAGCAUGAACUGUAUUUAAUUCAAUUAUAUUUUUUGCAAAAAAUAUGUAAAAAGUAACAUUAGAUAAUCGAUGAAACUUUAACUAGCGUUCGAAUUCAUUUGAUUCAAGCAAUUGCUGAUUAUGGUUUUAAUCGAUCGGUUUUAUAUAAACUUUGUUUCCUACCGAACUGUGUCGAUAGUGUAUAGACGACUUAGUAACAAACUUAAA